AUGGUCUCCCUGAGCAGCUCCAGGAUGUUCCAGCUCUUCCAGCCGGCCGGACAGCGAAGCCGCAGAACCCGGCUGGUCACCAAGGACGGUCACUGCAACAUCGAGUUCGGCAACGUGGAGCACGGCAACCACUUUGCGUACCUGCUGGACCUGUGGACCACGUUUGUGGAGAUCCGCUGGCGCUUCGUGCUGCUGCUGUUCGUGGCGUCCUUCACCGGCAGCUGGUUCGCCUUCAGCCUGCUGUGGUACUGGAUCGCUCAGACCAACGGCGACCUGAGCGGCCAGAACCGCACGGACGGACAUGUCCGGUGCAUCGACAACGUGCACGGCCUGACCACGGCCUUCCUGUACUCGCUGGAGACGCAGACCACCAUCGGCUACGGCGGCCGGGCGCCGACCGGACACUGCGCCGGCACGGUGGCUCUGGUCGUCGUCCAGUCUCUCGUCGGAGUCUUCAUCAACUGCUUCAUGUGCGGAGUCAUCCUCGCCAAAAUCUCCCUUCCCAAGAAAAGAGCGAAGACGGUGACGUUCAGCGCCACGGCGGCGGUCUGCCUGACGAAGGGACGCCUGUGCCUCCUGAUCCGAGUGGCCAACCUGAGGAAGACCCUGCUGAUCGGGAGCCAGAUCUACGGCAAGCUGCUGAGGACCACCGGCACGGCGGACGGAGAGACCAUCAUCCUGGACCAGGUGGACGUCGACUUCGCGGUCGACGCCGGCAAGGACAACCUGUUCUUCGUGUGUCCGCUGACGCUCUACCACGUGAUCAACAAGUCCAGCCCGUUCUACGAGCUGUCGGCCGACACGCUGCCCCACCAGGACUUCGAGCUGGUGGUCUUUCUGGACGGGACGGCCGAGUCCACCAGCUCCUCCUGCCAGGUCCGCACCUCCUACGUCCCGCAGGAGAUCCAGUGGGGCUUCAGCUUCCUGCCCAUCGUCUCCCACACCAAGACGGGUAAAUACCACGUGGAUUUCUCCAACUUCUCCAAAAGUGUGCAGGUCCCCACGCCGCACUGCGCCCGCUGCUUCGAGACGGACUCGGACCAGAAGAACCACAACAACCACAGCGGCCGGCAGAAGAAGGGCAUCGACAACCCGGGAUUCCACGUGAUCGACAUCCACGACUCUGUCGACAUCACCAAGAUGUGA